AAACGUCGCGCUCGAAAGCAAAAACAAACUACUAACUUCGUUUUUAACAUGAUUUCCCACUCGAAUAAAAUGAAAUUAUCUAACCACAAGAUAUUUCAGGACCUCAGUGAAAGUUUAAAGGAGAAUGCAAGUGGAAAGUUGCGUAAUUUGCUAGAAUUAAGAGAUGAUGUGUUGUAUGUGUGGAAUUCAAUCGAGAACUGUUUAGCGACCUUAAACUUGAAGCAUUUGGAGGAACACGAUGAAGAGACACCUUAUCAGAAACUCUGCCUUCUCUCUUCGCCGCAGUACACAGUGGAACGCAUCACCACCAGCGGCUGUGGCAGUCGCGUCUGCGUCUGGGGUUCCCGAGGAGUCACCGUAGUGGAGCUACCUUCGAGAUGGGGCAGAGGAGGCCUGUUCGAUGAUGGCAGUCAGACCGUGCUGUGCAAGAGUUUUUCCCUAGACGAACGGUUUCUCUACUCACAAGGGGAAGUCCGUCGUGUCCAGUGGCACUCCAGCUCGCUGUCGCACCUGUGGGUCCUGGUCUCUGACAACACCAUCAGGCUGUACAACAUAGCCCUGAAAUCUGGCCCAAAGCUCGUCAAGAUCUUCACCAUCGGUCCUAAGCCUGCCGGUCUACUAGCAUCACGACCUCUCCUAGACAGCUUGGGAGACACAGCUGUGGACUUCAGUACUACACCUGGAUCCGAUAGUCUCCUGAUUUUGAGGGGAAACGGAGACGUGUAUAUGAUGGAGUGUGACUUGGAAGCUAAAACAUUGCAUCACAAACUGACCGGUCCGCUAGCAAUGUACCCUCCAGCGGAUGACAACUAUGGUUCCGAGUCCUGUUCCAUCACAGCUCUUUCUAACAGUAAAGAUAUGCCGCCGUUAGUUGUGGUGGCUACUUGUUCUGCUCAACUAUACCACUGUCUGUUGUUACCCAACGCCACGGAGAAAGAGGACAGUCACGCUCUUUACGUCGUUGAGGCAGUGGAGCUGAGCAUUGUUCUGAACCCAGAUGACAAUAUAGACAUGCAGUACUCAUACCCAGUCCAUCUCUAUCCGUGCACAAAUAACACAUACGCCUGCAUGCACGCUGGUGGCGUCCAUACCGUCACGCUCCCCGUGCUGAACCAGCUUAAGGACUACGCUUUAGCUGAUGAUGCGGAGAGCGAAACGCAACUGUCGGCCAUCUUGUCUCGAACAAGCGUGGCCCGCCAUCUUGUCUGCACGGCGGGACCGCGCGCCAAACUGCACCCACCCGUGGGCCUCGCACUGACUCCACCUCCUCUCCCAGCGUUACUUGUGCUCUGUACCGACGCCACUGUACUGUCCAGGAUGUUGGAACCGUAUGAUUUGGAGGAUCAGCUGUACAAAGAGCUGCAGCUACGGAACCCGGCUCUAGAACAAGACGACAUUAACAACAUACUGAAAGAGAGGCAAAAGCUGUCAUUCACCGCUAUUAUUCAAGAAGUUUUGGCCAGAGACGUAUCGCAGCCGAUCCUUAAUAUCAACAGCAAGGAAGAACCGAGCCCUAAGGAGAGUCUGGAGUUCCUAACGGGUGCAACUCUGAAGCUCCGCGGCGCGUACAUGUCGCGGCAACAGCGCGCCGCCGACGCCGUGGCGAGGAAGCUGACGGCGCUGCACGCGCUCAGCAACCAACACGACAAGUGGUACAACGACUUGAAGAGAGAUAUCGAAGACGUGACCCUGGAGUCGGCGGUGCUGAAGGAAAAGGCCCUUCUUGCUGAGAAACACCAAGAUGAUAUUAAAUACAGAUGUUCAGCAGUAAUACGCCAACUGCGUGCGUCGGCGCCCGCCACUGCGGCCGAGCGCGAACUGUUGGCAGAACUGGAGCGGUACAAGCGGAGCGGGGAACUGAUCGCCGAACAGAUACAGCUGCUGAAGAAACACGCCCGCAACAAGCAUGAUGAAUUCAACAAAUGGCAAGAUGAAUACAAGCGAAAGGAAAUCGCACUGGGAAAGUCUCACAGCGACACAAUCUCCUCGAUCCUGCAGCAACAAACCGGUAAAAUCUCCACGCUGAUUGAAGAAACCAAGCUACUCAAAGAUCAACUCAGUAUAGUGUAAUUUUUCAAAGUCUUCUGUGAAAUGUGAAUGUUACUUAAAUUUUUCAUCUAACUGUGCCAUUUCGAGAAUAUUCACUGAUUAUUACAUUAAAUCCUAAUGAAUUGAACUUAAAUAUAUUCCAAAUUUGUCUAGAAUAUAUAAAAACCUUCAGCUAUUCAGUGGUUAGACCUACAAGAUGUGUAUUUUUAUAAACUAUUGCGUAAACGUUUCAUUAAAUAGUGUUCGAGGAAAAACAAUUAAAGCAUACACUGCCAACGUAUUCGUGGCGCUACGCUCGUAGCCGAUCCCAGCGUUUUCCCGCUUUGUGGAGGAAAGCGACUACGAACAGAGAAGGUUCCCGGCACUCAAUGCGUUAAAAUUGGGUCUCUAUUGUUUCCCAUAAAGUUUUAAGUCAUAAUGAAUUGUUUGUCCGCAUUUUCGUUAGUCAUAAUAUGGUUUACUCAGAAACGCGUAACUUUUCAGGAUUGCCAUAAAACAAACCUAACCUACGCUAUCUAUAGGAUAACCUGAGGAAAAUCCUGAAAAGUUAACGGUUUCAGAAUUAUGACUAAUGAUAAUCUGACAAUCAUUACAUUAUGACUUUCAAUAAUUAUGUCAAACAACGGGAUCCCGUUAAAAUUGCUUCGGCUUACCCACGUAGGUAGGCAGGUAGGUAUCGCAUGUAAUGAUUUAUUAUCGUCAAUUUCACCCUUUUUUGAUAGUUAGAAACUUGUAUUUCAUUAUAAUAGUUUUCUGAACUGUAUUAUUCUAAAUUCAAUAUACGCGAUAUAAUCCGUUUUCAUAGUUUUAUUUCAUGAGUAACUAUCGCGGUAACCGAAGACAAUAUUAUGUAUUAUUCUAAUUAAUUAAGUUUAGACUAAUUGUGCCUAAGAGUGGUAUUUCACCUCCAAUUUCUGCAUUGCGUCUAACUCUCUCACUAAGCAAAAUGUGAGACGCAAAUAAACAUUGGACAGGUGGUAUACCAACCUAAGACUAUUUCUACAAAAUUAAUGUAAUUUAGAAUUAAAUUGUAAAAUUACAGUAAUU